AUGGAUCUCUCCACUGGUGCAGUGGUCUUCCUGUUCCUCACCUGCCAUCUCUGUGAGGCAGAAGACCGAAAGUAUAAUUCAGUCCUCACGGUGGACAAUGGCGGGCAGUGGGGUGAAUGGGGAAAAAUUGAAUUCUGUCCCAAAGGACACGCAAACGGAUUCUCAGUGAAGUUUCAGGUAGAACAAGGUAUAACCGGUGAUGAUACUGGCCUCAAUGGCAUCCAUCUCCAUUGCAGUAGUGGUGGAGUUGUACAAUCUACCGUUGGACCGUUUGGAGGAUCGGUUACGGUUGAAAAAUGCCCCAGGAACAGCUACCUGGUUGCCUUCGCUCUGAAAGUGGAAGCCCCACAAGGGCCAGGUGAUGAUACGGCAGCCAACAACAUCCAGUUCAGCUGCUCAGAUGGGACUAGACUGGAGGGCUAUGCCAACGACGUCGGUACUUAUGGCCAGUGGAGCAAGCGCUGCACCACUGGUGCCAUCUGCGGGAUCCAAACAAAGGUGGAGCCUAUAGUUUCAGUUGAUAGCACAGCACUUAAUGAUGUCAAGUUCUUCUGCUGUGACUGAAUCACCUGGGCUUCAUCCUGCUACAACACAGCUGCCUGUGUUCUAAUGGUCUGUUGGCAUGAAA